GACGCCAGACCAUGCAUUAGAUAUGACGCAACAUCAAUGAUAUCUAAACCACAGCUCAUAAUAUUACUUAUAUUUCCGACCACCACCUUCUGGAUUAAUUGAUCAAUCUCAUUUCUCCUUGAGAUGGCUUCUUCAGUGAUUCUUUCAAGGUCCAGUUUCGUAUUAAUAAUACUGGGAGUACUAGGUGCACUGUUUGUUAACCCUUCGUGUUCCACUUCAAGACGAGCCCUUGAUCUCCACGACCACAGCUUACAGAUGCAAAGUGGGUUCAAGGUGACUCUAAAACACGUGGAUUCUGGAAAGAACCUGACCAAACUCGAACGUCUUCAACGCCGAAUCAAGCGAGGACGAAAGAGGCUGCAGAGGCUAAAUGCAAUGAAGCUCAAGAGCUCUACAUCACCAGAUAGUCAUACCCGAGUUCAAACUCCGGUUCAUGCAGGCGUGGGAGAGUUUUUGAUGACGUUAUCGAUUGGUACUCCGGCAAAGAGCUUCUCAGCAAUUGUGGACACAGGGAGCGAUCUUAUAUGGACUCAGUGCGAGCCUUGCAAGCAGUGUUAUAAGCAGCCCACCCCGAUUUUCAACCCGAAAAAGUCUUCAUCUUUCUCAAAGGUGUCAUGUACAAGCGACCUAUGUGAUGCACUGCCCUCCUCGAAAUGCAGUAACCAAAGCUGCGAGUAUUACUACACUUAUGGCGAUUCUUCAUCAACUGAGGGGAUCCUCGCAACCGAAACGUUCUCUUUCGGAGAUGUUUCUAUUCCGAAAGUUAGUUUUGGAUGUGGGGAAGACAACGAGGGUGGUGGGUUCAGCCAAGGUGCGGGGCUCGUAGGGUUGGGGCGGGGAACCUUGUCGUUGGUUUCGCAGCUCAAGGAGCCUAAGUUCUCCUAUUGCCUUACAUCCGUGGACGACACACAAAGUACGAGCACACUUUUGAUGGGGUCAGUAGCAAGCUUGAACAGCACUACACCAUCAUCUGAGGUUGCAAACAUCAAAACCACCCCUUUGAUCAAGAACCCAUCACAGCCUACUUUUUACUAUCUUUCCCUCGAAGGAAUCACUGUAGGAGGCACUAGCUUGCCUAUUGAAAAAGACACAUUCGCACUAGGAGAUGAUGGUGGCGGUGGCCUAAUCAUAGACUCUGGGACAACCCUUACUUACCUUGCACAGGAUGCUUACGAUGCUGUUGUGAAAGAAUUCUCUUCCCAGAUGGAACUUCCGGAGAAGGAUGCGAUUGACACGGUAGGGCUAGACCUGUGCUUCGAAUUGCCAGAGGAUGCUACCAAGGUAGAGGUGCCCAAGCUGGUAUUUAAUUUCAAGGGUGCUGAUUUAGAACUGCCCAGUGAGAAUUAUAUGAUUGCAGAUACGGAUGUGGGAGUCAUUUGCUUGGCUGUUGGGAGCGCUGGCGAUAUGUCUGUGUUUGGGAAUUAUCAGCAGCAGAAUAUGCUGGUUCUCCAUGAUAUAGUCAAGGAGACGAUCUCGUUUGUUCCCACAAAAUGCGACCAGUUGUGAUGAUGUUGAUAUACAUGUUGUUUGCUAUAUAGUAUCAUGAAUUUCAAUCAUUUUAUUCUUCUCUCUCCAUUGAGGUAGGGGAAACGCAACGUUGAUCGAUGUAUAAAUCUAUAUAUCUAGGAUAACCAUGUACCGAAUCCGUAUGUGGUUAAGGACUCAAACUUUCAAUUACAUGCAUGCAUGUAUGGAAAAUAUAUAAUUUGUAACUCAACCAUAUCUAUACAAAUUUGUUUUGGU